AAAAGUCUUGUCAUGUCAGCUGUCAUAGUUCAAUUUUCUUGUUUCUGAAUAUUAGGUUAGGAUAGAAUUUAAAAAUCAUUUAAUUUAUGAUUUUUAAAGAUUAAGUUUGGUAAACGUCGAUAUAAACCGUGUCUAAGCUUAACGUACGAGGUACACAUAUAUUUACUAUAAGCUAUAAACACUAUAUCAGAAUGGAUAACUGGCAAGAGAAGAAACAUGUUAUAACUCGAAAUUUACAAGAAGUAUUGGGUGAUGAAAGACUCGACGAAAUUUUGAAACAACGUGACCUUAGCCUUUAUUGGGGUACUGCCACGACAGGACGUCCUCAUGUAGCCUACUUCGUUCCAAUGUCCAAAAUUGCCGACUUUCUCAAAGCAGGGUGUGAAGUAACCAUCUUGUUUGCUGAUUUACAUGCAUACUUGGACAAUAUGAAGGCACCAUGGGAGUUGUUAGCUUUACGCACUCAGUAUUAUGAGGCAGCAAUCAAAGCCAUGCUUACAUCUAUUGGAGUCUCAUUAGAAAAACUAAAGUUUGUCAGAGGCACUGAGUAUCAGCUAAGUAAAGAAUACACCUUGGAUGUGUACCGAAUGUCAUCUGUUAUUACUGAACAUGAUGCCAAAAAAGCUGGAGCAGAAGUAGUUAAACAAGUUGAUCACCCGUUACUUAGUGGGCUGCUGUAUCCUGGGCUUCAAGCACUUGAUGAAGAGUACUUGAAAGUUGAUGCUCAAUUUGGUGGUGUUGAUCAAAGAAAAAUAUUUACACUGGCUGAGAAAUACUUGCCUCAACUGGGCUAUGCUAAAAGGGUACAUCUCAUGAAUCCUAUGGUCCCAGGUCUAACAGGAGGGAAAAUGUCAGCCUCUGAAGAAGAUAGCAAAAUUGAUUUACUUGAUACCCCUGCAGCAGUGAAGAAAAAGCUUAAGAAGGCUUUCUGUGAGCCGGGUAACAUAACUGAAAAUGGAAUUUUAUCUUUUACUAAAUAUGUUAUAUUCCCGUUAAUGCAUAAGGAUGAUAAAUUUUUGAUUAGUAGACCUGAAGAGUAUGGUGGAAAUGUUGAGUAUUCUAACUUCGAGGAUUUAGAAACUGCAUUCGCAAAAGAAGAAAUUCAUCCAGGAGAUUUGAAAGCCUCUGUCGAGCUAGUUAUCAACAAACUUUUGGCACCUAUACAAGAAAUAUUCAAGGAUCCAAAACUACAAGAGUUGACUAAGAAAGCAUACCCGCCACCACAAAAGGUAAAAGGAAAUGCAAGUGCUGGAACAGAUGAGAUAACACCAAGCAAACUUGAUAUUAGAGUAGGUCGCAUUGUAGAGGUGUCAAGACAUCCUGAUGCUGAUGCUCUAUAUGUUGAAAAGAUUGAUGUAGGGGAACCAGAACCUAGAAUAAUUGUAUCGGGACUUGUAAACUUUGUACCUAUAGAGGAAAUGCAGAAUAGAGACGUAGUAGUGCUAUGCAACUUGAAGCCCGCCAAAAUGAGAGGUAUUGAGUCAAAGGGCAUGGUUCUGUGUGCAUCUGUAGAUGAACCAAAACAAGUAGAACCCUUGAUACCACCAAAAGAUAGCAAGCCUGGUGAUAGAAUUGUUGUAGAAAGCUAUGAAACUGGUGAACCUGAUGAGGUGUUAAAUCCCAAGAAAAAGGUUUGGGACAAGCUACAGGCUGACCUGAAAACAACUGAAGAUCUUCUAGCUGUGUGGCAGGGUAAUAAAUUGACUAGCAAAGUAAAUGGUAACCCAGUUACAACUAAAUCUAUGAAAAAUGCUCCUAUCAAGUGAAUUUAUUACAUUUAAGUAUCAACUUUUUAGGGUUUCAUACCUAAUAAUGAAAAACAGAACUGUAUUAGGAUUUUUUGUCUAUCUAUCUGUGUGUCAAGGUCCAUUUUCUCAGAAAUAACCUGCGGGUAUCAAGUUAAAAUUCACACUGAAUACUAAGGUGAAUGGCCUAGAAUUCCUUUACAAAUUUCAAGUGUCUACUUUAACUCAAUGAAAAGUUGUAGCUUCUCAAAGCAUAUUUUCAUUCAAAAUGUAUUAUCUAAUUAACUGUAUACAUCCCACUGAAAUACGAUAUUGGCAAAUGUAUCUUGACAUACAAUUUUUUUUUUUCAUUUAGUUUACAGUGCUAUUUAGAUUAUUUUGUUUUUUAGGUGAUUGAAUAAUUUAAUCAAAUAAAAUUAUUCCUUCACGUGUAUGGAACCCUCGGCGUGCGGGUUUGACUCGCACUUGGCCAGUUAGAACUUAAUAUAUUAUUAUUUAUUUAGCUAUUACUUUGCAUUUAAGUACAUUUUUAUAAAUGUUUUUUUUCUAAGAAUAUUAUGAUGUUUAUGCCUAUUAAAUGCUAUAGUAAUCAAAAAGUAAAGCAGUAGUCACACAACUGAAGCCCUUAAAACAAAGUAGUUUGUUGCUUUAACAAAGCUACAAAUUUACCUAAUGCAACUUCUUUUAUCUUGUAAUAAUUAUAUUCAAUUUUAAUAUAUUAAUUAAUAUAAUAAAUAUUUACUUACUGCAGCAAGUUCCACUGUCCACAAAUUAUAGAAUUUUUUGUAAAGUCUU